UAGCCAAAGCGUCUGCUCCCCGACCGUGCGAGAAACGGGAUUCUUAAUUGUUCGCUCUAAGCAAGCAUGAGGUCUCUCGAAGUCCGAGGACAUCUUCAGGAUGAAACCAAGGGGUGUGAGUGAGUCAGGGCUCGCGUGGAUAUUGACGACAAAUGCUACAGAUUUAGAAUAUUUUUGUAUGUAAGUUGGAGUCAUGAAAACGUGCCCCGAUGGAAAUGGCAGCCUGAACGCCGACUGGAUGGGUGCGCUCAGCCCCACGCUUACCCCAUUGCCUCUGAAGUAUCUAGCGGUGCCAGGGUCCCAUGACUCUUUCACUUUCUGGGUGGAUGUGAAGGCCCCCGUGGGGCCUGAUCAGAUAGCAGUGGUGAAGUACCUGGCAAUGGUGUUCCGACUGCCGGCUAAGAAGGUGAUGAAGAAGUGGUCCAUGACACAGAACCUGACGUUCCGUCAGCAGCUGGAAGGUGGCAUCCGCUACUUCGACCUGAGGGUGUCAUCUAAGCCGGGCGAGCCAGGCCUUGAGAUCUAUUUCAUUCAUGGCCUGUUUGGUCAUCGGGUGCGGGAUGGGCUGGCCGAUAUCAACAGAUUCCUGGAUAGCCACCCUAAAGAGGUGGUUUUCCUUGACUUCAAUCAUCACUAUGCCAUGGGGCAUGAGCACCACUGCUACUUGAUUGGCAUGCUGCAGGAGGCGUUUGGUCACAAGCUGUGUCCUCCUCAGGUGGUGGAGGACAUCACUCUCAACUACCUGUGGGAGAAGAAGUAUCAGGUCCUGGUGUUCUACCACCACUCCACGGCUGUGCAAGAGUGUACUCUCCUGUGGCCGGGCAGUAAGAUCCCUGCCCCCUGGGCCAAUACCACAGAUGCUUCCAAGUUGACCCAGUUCCUGGAGACCACACUGGGGGAGCGGGCCAAGUACGGAGCCUUCCACGUCUCCCAGGCCAUUCUCACCCCCCGAGUGAGCACUAUAGCCUGCGGACUCAUCAAGGGCCUACGCAACCACCUGGUGGAGAGGAAUAUUCCCACUAUCAUGGCCUGGGUGGAGGCGCAGAAGCCAGGGGUCAACGGGGUCAACAUAAUCACAUCCGACUUUGUGGACCUGGUGGACUUUGCCAACACGGUCAUUAGGCUCAAUGACCUGCUUCUUCCUAGCCAUGCAGUCACCUGAUCACGGAAGCCAUAACUAUCCAAAGAUCACCAAACCAUAAAGGUCAUAUAACCAUCACAGAGAUGAGCAAUUAUAUGACCAUCUCAGAAAUUAAUGAUCACCAGACCAUCACAGAGACAAAAGACUGUGAUCUGAAAGGGACAGUUACACAGCUCCCAGACUAGGCACUGGGCUUAUUUCACUUCCUGGGUUUUGUUAAAACAAAAAAGAGAACUGAGACCUCCAGUUUCACUUGAAAAGGUGUGAAGUCCCUUAACCUUUGUACAGAGGUGGUCGGGCUGUUGCAGUGGUGCAGUUCCGAGGCUGGUAGCAGUGGGGCCAUCUUCAGGGGAAAGAGGAGCUGGACCAACAACUGUGAGGCACUAGCACCGAGGAGCUGUAGAGCAGAGAGGAGCUGAAGAUCAGUGAGGAGCUGCAGUGAUUAACUCUCAUGUUUGAUUUGGGUCAAAUUCACCCAUUAAACUUCCAGUAAAAGAGGAAUGACACUUCUGAGAGAUGUAUGCAAUAAUAAUUGAUUAAACCAGCGUACAUUUGGUUCUUGUUUUCUGUUACUAUUGGCUAUCAUCUGUAUUUGAUUAUAUCUUUUUGUCUGUAUGCAUUCUUUAAAUGUAAUAAGGUAAUGAUGAAAAAUAAUUAAAUAAAAAUC